AUGGCUCGAGGGACACAGCCUUUAAGUCAAUGGCUAGGUUGUCGGUGUCUUGGGUUUGGUUAUGGAGCUGAAAUUGGAUGGAAACCAAGCAUCCUUGCCAGACGCGGAAUCUCCGACAUGGAUGAGGUAGCAUCCACAAUCAUACGGACAUCUUUCAGCUACUCCUCUUCUCCUUUUGUUGGCCCAAAAUUUUCCAACAACGAGCCUCAAUCGCCGCCAUUUCGUGUCAGCUUUCGACCCUUCAGUGUUUCCGCCUCCUGCGCUUCCACCGCCGAGAGACCAACCUCCCAUAAUGUAACACCGACAUCUCUCUACGAAGUUCUCGGGAUUCAAAUGGGUGCGACGUGUCAGGAAAUCAAGGCUGCUUACCGAAAGCUAGCAAGAACAUUGCAUCCAGAUGUUGCAGCAAACGGUCAGAAGGAAGACACAGCUUAUGAGUUCAUAAAAGUACACGAAGCUUAUGAAACCCUGUCGGAUCCUGAAAAACGCGCAGAUUAUGAUCGUUCGCUUUUCAGACCGGGAAGGUAA